AUGCGCUGGACACCGGAAAACGAAGAUCUGCUGUGGCGGACCAUUUUCGAGACCCAGACACUGAACCUGGAUCUGGAUAAGAUUGCCGAAGGCUGGCCCGGCGAUGACAAGCCCACCGCAAAGGCUCUCAAGGAGCAUCUCGGAAAAUAUCGCAAGGGGAUCAAGUCUGGCAUAACGUUCAGUAUGAACGUGAAGCGCUCUGCGGAUGACAGUUCUGCCACACCGAGCCCCAAGAAGAGACGCGCUGCGACAAAGCAGAAGGCCAAGGGCGAGGAAAUGUCAGACAAUGGGUCUGCUGCACUAAGCCCAAGGAAGAAACGCUCAACUAGGAAGAAGAUCAAAUAUGAGGAGGUGUCGGAGGAGUCUGAUAUUGACGAUAGCAUCCCGACUGGUGGGAAGGAUGAGGAAUAG